CUAUCAUCUGCACAACGCCCAUGGCUCUGCCGGCCACCCCAACACGUUGCGCACCCUCUUCGCAGCUCAUCUUGUUUCCUUCUAAGUUUCUUGGUUACUCCAAGACUCGGAGCGCUUCACAGCAGCGUCCAACAUAACUGCUGAGCCACCUGCCUGGAUCUGUGUUCGUCAUGUCUCAGAGGCGGUAACGCAGCCUCCCGCCAAUCCCAAUCGACGCUAUGACGCCACGCGCACCUUCCCUUCCGCCAGAGUACCGGCAGGCGCGACCACAGCUCGGACGCAACGCGUCAACGCAGUCGAAACUCUCGCUGCCCACAUCGUCACAAUCAAACGAGGCCGACGAUGAGCAGAGCUUUUCCGAUCGCAGCUUUGAUAUGGAGUCCUAUGCUACAGACCCGCAAUAUGAGGGCGAAGAUACGCGCCUAACGAGCGACAAGGAGCUGUCCGGCUUUUACAUGUAUGGAUGGGCGGCAGAGGUCUUCGUUGUAUGCGGCAUUGGUUCCUUCAUUCCCGUCACCCUCGAGCAGCUCGCCCGCGAGAAUGGCGUCCUCCUUCAUGACCACACUACGCCGUGCAAGGCCUCGCUACCCGCCGUCACCCCGUCGACCAACUUCACGGCCAUGUUCAAGCCAUACCAUCCUGACAAAGGACAAUGCGUCGUUAACAUCCUGGGUCUUGAGGUUAACACGGCAAGCUUCGCCAUGUAUACAUUCAGCAUAUCAGUGCUGAUUCAGGCAUUGCUCAUCAUAUCCAUGUCUGGCGCUGCAGACCACGGGCGGUUCAGAAAGACGUUCCUUCUGUGGUUCGCAUUCAUCGGCAGCACUGCGACAAUGUUAUUUUUGCCUGUAGUACCCAGCGUGUACAUUUUGGGUGCAGUGUUGGCAAUCAUUGCAAACACGUGCUUCGGCGCAAGUUUUGUGCUCUUGAACAGUUUCCUUCCGCUGCUGGUCAGAUUCCACCCCACUGUGCGAUACGCCACAUCAAAUGGAGAUGACUUGACAGACGACUAUGACGACGAUGUUGACAAUCUUUCCGAAGAGGCACGCGUAGCACAAGAGGCACGCUACUCUAACCAACUUGCACAAAACGAAACUAUCUUUGAUGAAGUUGCGGACGCGACCACCGCCCUCCUCCCUCCGCAGCACUCUUCGCCUGACCUCACCAUUCCUCGCACAAAGGAUCGUUCGGCUUCGUCACAGGAACUUGCGUUGUCCACCAAGAUCUCAUCGUACGGGAUUGCUAUCGGCUACAUAGCCGCCCUUCUCGUGCAAACGCUGUCCAUAGUCAUCGUCAUCGCCUUCCAAUCCUCAAACUUUGGUUUGCGGCUUGUCCUGUUCAUAAUCGGCGCAUGGUGGUUUAUCUUCUCAAUCCCCACUGCACUGUGGCUGCGACCACGUCCGGGACCACCGUUGCAUCUUGGCGAAAACUCGUCUAACAUUCGUACAACCAUAGCCUAUUUCGCAUACUCUUGGAAGUCUCUGGCUCGAACAGCGAAACACGCGCGACAGCUGAAAGACGUUUUGCUUUUCCUGGCUGCCUGGUUUCUUCUUAGUGACAGCAUCGCAACUGUCUCUGGCACGGCUGUGCUUUUCGCGAAGACCACGCUAGGCAUGUCGUACGCUAUGUUGGCAUUGAUUAACGUCAUUGCAACUGUUUGUGGGGUGCUUGGAGCCUUCACAUGGUCGCGAAUAUCGCACUCACUCAAUCUCAACCCCGUGCAGACGAUUCUGAUCUGCAUCGCUCUCUUCGAGACGAUCCCAAUCUAUGGCUUGCUCGGCUACCUACCGUCAGUCCAAAGAUUAGGAUUCCUCGGGCUGCAGCAACAGUGGGAGAUGUACGUUCUGGGUGCUGUGUACGGUUUCGUGCUUGGAGGACUCAGUUCUUACUGUCGUGCUCUCUUCGGCGAGCUGAUUCCCCCUGGGUUUGAGGCAGCUUUCUAUGCGUUGUAUGCAAUUACAGACAAGGGCAGCAGCGUGUUUGGCCCUGCUAUUGUUGGCGCUAUCACAGAUACCUAUGGCGAGAUUCGGCCGGCUUUUUGGUUCCUUGCCCUUCUAGUCGGCCUUCCUUUCCCUAUCAUGAUGCUUGUCGACAUCGAACGUGGGCGCAGCCAAGGCAUUGCGCUGUCAAAAACGCUCAAAGAGCUGGAUCGCAGUCACGAAAGUUCUGUCGAUCAGCACGUCGACUUGGAGAACUAGCCUUUCGACUUCUGCUUGAAUGAAAUCUCACGAACCCUCCCGCAUUUUAGCGCCUUUGUUAAUGCCAUAACAUUGCAUAAGAUGGCACAAU